CGGAAGCGUAGCGUUGCCCCGCGCACCCCUUACCCGCCCCCGCCGGACAGUCGUGCCCUACAUAAUUCGCUGUACACCAGCGGAGAUGAACGUUACGGCGACACGUAUUUACCCCCCGGGGUCCAAAGUAUUCCGUGCGCGCAACGCUCUCGUCGUUCCGCGGAUACACCCUGUGUACCAUCGGUCACCACGCACGCCCGGGUCGGCCCACCUAUCAUCAGUGCAGGCGCGAGACUCCGUUGGAAAAGUUCGCGGAGACGGGUCCUCAAAUUUCGCGAAGGGAGUUGUUUUUUUUUUUUUUUUGUUUUUCUCCGUUGGGGUUUUUAUUAAUUAUUUCGAAAUUUCUAUUGUCGCGCGUUAAACGCGUCACGAGCCGCAGACCUACGGAAGAGCCGACGACGCCGGUGCACCGCAAACGACGACGGGGAGACAUCGUUACACGGUUUCUAGAGCGCGAACGGCCGGGGCAACAACUACGGCAAUACGACGUCGAGUCCAAAGUCAGUAUAAAAUCGGCGGGGCAAUAAUUAUUGCGAUAUUAUUUUCACGCGAAAUACACGAGCGCGCGGUCUCCCGUCGCUUUUCGCGCGGUCAGUAGAGCCCGUGCCGCGGAGACGGCAACCAAUGCCUUGCGGGCACCGUUUUUCUGUCGCCGUCGUUUCGGCCCGAGUAGGUAACGCGGCGAGGCGCGUCGGCGAUAUAAUCCCGGCAAUACGCACGCGUUUGUCACUGAAGCUGAUGUCGCAUCACAUCAACUGCCGGCCGAACGAAAGCUCCGUAUUUACGGCACACCCGUCGCGAUGCACGUUUUGCUCGCAUCUCGUCCAAAAACGCGACGUUCGAUUUGUUUAAUUUUUUUUCGAAUAGAAUGAAUCGUAUUCUUCGCCGGUGGUUUCUCGGUGGCGAAUCUUGUCCGGUGGUGGAUGCGUUGGGGAAAUAGGGGAAAAAAUUUUUUUUUUUUUUUUUUUUUUUUUUUUACUUUCCUUACACUUUCGUCGGUAGUCGGCAAAUAACGCCGACAUUAUCGACACAACAAUACAUCACUUUCUGUUGUUUUAGAAUAAAUUCUUAAUUGUUUGGCUUCUCGAAAACUAUCAAACAUUUGAUACGGUUAACCUUGAAUUGAUAAGAUACUGUACAAAUAUCCAAAAUCUGUAUUCAAAUUUGUAAACAUCUUAGUAUUUCAAGUACUGUUUUCGAUUCAUAUUGAUUAAACCUUUUUUAGUUCCAUGAGAAUUCUCAACAAUUUUGAUCCGAAAACCCGGGACAAAUGUCAUUUACUUUUUAAUAGCACAAUAAUAAAAAUUUUAAUUUGCAAAGAUUUAUUGUUGUAUACAGAUAUAAAUUAAAUUAACCUAUAUAUUCUACCUAAUUCUAAAAAGAGAUUCAUAAAAUAUUUAUAUAUAUCAAUUAUUUAUAGUUUUAAAUUCUGAGUGGAACGAAGAAGCUUAUGGUUUUACAAUAUUUUUUUUUCUGUAGUCAAUAUUUCUACCAACAGUUUUACUCCGAAUUACAAUGAUAGUAUUUUUUCUGAAAUAAAAUCUGACUGGGGAGGUAUUUGUUUGAUUUUCCCAAUAAAUUAGGAAAACCAAGAGACCGGGAAAAUAGAUAUAAUUUUAAACAAAUGCAUGUUUAAUGCAUAUGAAAUUAUUUUACCCAUGUAUAACAAAUAUAUAGUUGACAGAGCGACACAAUCAACUGAAUUCUGAGAAUCGUUUUUUCGUAAGUAAUGGUUAAUCGUUGUUAACAGAUACAUUAAAUUCCCGUCUUUAUACUGCCUAACCAACUUUCCACCUACAACAGUGGCUGCACCCGUCUACAUUAUCCUAGGACAGCUUUUUUUAUAAUUAUUUGUCAUAUUUUAUAAUACCUAACUAUACUUAAGUUAAGCAUGAUUAUUAUUAUUGAUAAAAUUGUAUAAGUAUCUACACAUCAAUAAUUCAAUCAAACAAUAAAUACAAUAUGACAAAUAUAGCAAAUGAAUAUAUAAAUAAAAAUUUAUAUGUAAAAUAACAAACAAAAGGAUGAAUAUGUUGCGUUAUUUUAAAAUAUAACAAUUUCAUUAUUAGGGACUUUUAUUGACUAAAAUAACAACACAACUGGCUACUUACUUUAAUUACUUUAAUUAUGGACGAAUAUUCAAUAUCGUGAAAGAUCAAAUAUGAAUUACAUAUUUAGUUAAUUACUAAAAUUUAACAACCGAUAUAAUACGUGCAAACCAAUUAAUAAUUAAUUAUGAUAAGAAAUUAAUUUAUCAAUUUAGCUUUGAAUUUGGUGUUUUGAUGAAUAUCAAAAUUUACUUAGUAAUCACAGAGUAAAAUUCUACAAAUAUACAUAUUGUCUUUUAUCUUCACAAAAAAGUUUGAGAACCACUGGUGGAAUGAUUAUUACAAUUAAUAAAACAACAAUUGAAUAACCCCAAAUUAACAUCUAUAAUUAAUGACAACUACUUACUUUUAAAGGUCUGGUAAUGGUGAUAGUUUCUACUGUGUUUGUAGUAACUUGAGCCAUGUUUUUUUUUCUUUUAUGUAAUAUCUGAAAAAGUAAAAAUAAUACAUAAUUAUUGUAAUUAAUUUAAUAAAAAUAGAAAUUACUACUUGUUAAAUACAACCGAUCACAUUAUUUGACUCAUCAAAAAUAAUUAAUUUAAAAUAUAUAUAUAUAUAUAUAUAUAUAUAUAUAUAUACCUGUAUGUUGUUCUUAACUCAUAAAACAAAAUUGUAUUACAUUUAGUUAAAACUAUUUUUCAUUCACUUAUUAGUUAUUUUAUUAAUUACAAAGUAGAUUAGGUUUGUCUGUAGGGUUGAGGGUAAUUGGAAAACUAUGUUAAUUUAAAAUCAAGAAGUGGAAAUAAUACAUUGGUAUUAAAUAUAUUAAACCAUUUACUACCAUUGUAUACUUUAAUAAAUCACUACUCCAGUAUAUUUUUUGAAAACCAAACUAAUAUUUUGAAUUUUUUUUUUAAAAACAUCAUUAUCAUUUUGAGUUUAUGCAAUUUAUUUUCAUUUUCUCUAAGUCUAUUACAAGUAAAAACAAAAUAAUGUUUAAAUUUGUUUUAAUAGUUAACAUAAUAAUUAAUUUGAUGGGUUAAAUGAAAAUGGCAUUUUGUAUAUUAUUAACUAGAUAGUAUAGUGGUGGUAUUUGUAUUGAAAAUUUACAUUUUAUAUUAGUAUGAAAUUAAGUGAUAGUACAAAAAACACAAACAAAUAAAAUAGUAUUAAAGUAUUAAUAAUUUAUUGAUAGGAAUUACUCAGUUGACCAUAUUUGAGUAUAUUAUUAUUUUAUUGGGCACUUAGUAAGAUAGUGUACAUAAUAUAAUAGUAAUAAGAAAAAUGAUCAUAAGUAAUAUUUUUAUAAUUGAAAAGUAUGUUUACUUAUCACAUUUAAAGAUUAAAUCUUUUUGGUUUUCAUAUUUUUAUUAAUUUUGUUCAGCUAUAGUCUCCUAUAAAAUUAAAAAUAAUGAAACAUUCGAAAUUAUAAGUACAAAGAGCAAUUGAUAGACAUUUUAAAGGAAAUAUUAUUGACAAUGUUACUAGCGUACAAAUAUAAUUCUCAAGAAAUAUACUUAUAUUUAGAAAACAUUUAUUUCUUCUGAAAAUACUAUUUAAGGUACUAAUAGUGUACAUUAAUUUAUUAAUUUAUUUAUUUAACGCCAAAUGGCAAAUCAAAGACACAUUAUAAAAGGUUGGAUACAUAGUAAAAUUAACAAUUAUUAAUAGUGAUACAAGCUAAAACAAUAUGUAUAACUAAAACAAUAUGUAAAACACAGUAGUAUAUGAUUUGACCUAAACUAAACAAUAAAUAUAAUUACAAAUAGGAAUUGCAUAUGCAAUGGGCUACAAAACUAAAUGAUUAAUAAGAACUACCUAUUUUAAAUAACUAAUCAUACAUAAAAAAAAAAACAAAUUAAAGGAAAUAAUAUUUAUGACUGAAAGCUACAGUAUUUCUUUGGACAAUCAAAUUAUUGAUAAUUUUAAAUAUUUUUAUCUAACAGAUAUUUAAAGUAAAAGAAAACAUAAUAAAUUUGUAUAAAUAUUUAUAAUUUUUAAUAUGCAAAUUUCAGAUGAAAAUUAUUGAGUCUAGUACUUUUAUCACAAACAAUAUUAUGAAGCAUGUUAUCUAAAAAAAAUCAUAAACAAUCACUAUAAAAAACAAUUCAUUAUUCACACAAAUAAGAUACCUAGUAACAAUAAAAAGAUAUACAAAUCAUAUACCAUACAACUAACUUACUAAAUUUUUAAGUUUUGACCUAUAUAGUAUUUACCAAAGAAUAGAACCAAUAUUAUUAUAAUUCACAUACUUACAUUACAUAUAUACUGGUAUUAAUAGAAAGGUUUUAAUAAAUCACAUAUUAUAGUUGUUGAUUUUAUAGCAAAUGAACAUUUAAAAAACCGGAAAGAAAAUGAUUAAUAAGUUAAACAAAAUAUGAUUCAUUGAUCAUUCAAUUUAGUUUAGAGACAAAGCUAAUGUCUGUAGAUUGAUUGAAUAUUGAAAUGUUAUUGUUAUGAUUGUGUGUAAUUUUGAUUAGAUAAACAUGAAAACACAGUCGUGGUAAAAAAAAAUUAAAAUUAUCACUUAUUUAUAAGAAAUCAGUAUGACCACGUAACCAUUUUUAAAAAGUAAAUUUUACUGUACAUAGAACAUAUUAUUAUCAACUAACUAUAGGUAACAAAAGAUGUCUUAAAUAAAAACUUUUUGGAAUUAUAUAUUCUAAAGUGUUACGUUGCCCUUGUUUUUGUUACCCUUAUUUUUUUUUGAUUUGAAACGGUAACCUAUACUUUGAAAUAGGAACUUAUAUUAUAAAUUCAAUAAAUAUACAAAAUAUUAAUUUAAUUACAUUUUGGUUUUAGCAUUUUUGAUUUCCGUCAACCCGUUGAUGAGAUAGUUCACUUUUAGGUUUGGAUAAAGGGAAAAUGGUGAAACAUCGUUUAUAUGGUAGCACAGUUCACAACGUUUGAAUAAUCCUUCACUACUCUCCUCUUACCCAAACUUUAAAGUAUAAUAUCUCGUUAAAGGGUUGACAGAAAUCAAAAAUAUCAACACCGAAUUAAAAUUAAACUAAUAUUCCGGCUAUUUAAGGCAUUUGUAUUGUCGGUAACUAUUUUAAAACCAAAAAAUAGGUAGACGAUUCACUCCCAAAAGUAAAGACACCAUAAAGUUGUAGAAUAUAUGCUUAUAAAAAGGUUUUAAAUAAGUCAUUUAUUAAAAAAAUAAGUAAUUCAUGUAAAGUUUAAAACAACCUGUAAAAUAUCAUAGACAAAAUUUAAAAUCAAUCUAUUUUGUGUUGAAGGGUAGUUGAUCGAAAAAUUAUAAGAAACGUUUAUCAUGGUCGACCUGCAAUAACUAAAUAAAAUAUUUCAAAUAGUUUCACUUAAUUUUACCAAAAUCAAAUACUCAAAUUUAUACUUUGAGUAAAAAUAGUAAAGCUGAUUAUUUUGUGAACAUACUUAAAAUUGAAAAAAUAAAUAAAUAAUAUAAACAAAUUAAUAAUGUUUUAAAUUACCUAAAUUAGUAUCAACUGUAUGGGUGAAUUUCAUAAAAAUAUACAAUUCGGAUUAGUACAGUUAUUAUCCUUUUCGUCCGGAGAAAUAAGACUUUUAGAAUGUUUGCCGGGAUUAUAUGAUCCAGACAAAUAGAUACUUUCCGGAUGGUCUUACCCUAUACUCACAUGACUGCUAAAUCGCAAACGCCAGUUCACCUGGGGUGGAAUAAAGGGAAAUCACAAUUUAUAACUAUGAUCUUCGUUAGUCGUUUUCUUCACACUCUUCAGUUUUUAUUUUAGGUUUUAAUGGUACAUCUAUUUAACAUUAUAAAUUACGAAGGUAUGAGAUGAGUUGGCGGGGACAUGACAAUGAUGUGUUAAGAAAGAUGUUUAUAAUGCGGAUGGUGGACUCUAUUAGGCAUAACACAAACUGUCUUACUUUGGAAUCGUGAUAGACAUCGAUGUUGUCGGUCUCCUCAAAUCCGGUGGCUGACAACGGGUCCCCGGAGUUGUCAGACAACGACGGACAAGAGUCUGGUGAGUUUAGACACAUCUGUAUGAGCGCUUUUCCCUCUUCUGAAGUAAUUAUCGGCUGUAACUUUUGUGUGGCAAAAGUAGACACGUUGCCCGUCUCAGAUACAAUCAACAGCAUUACUUGCGUUCCCCCCAAUGUCGACAGCUCGUAUGCCUGAAAGGUAAAAUUACAAUAUAUUAAAGAAAAUAGUUUUAUAUAAAAAUUAUUAUUGGUUAAGGACAUAUUUUAAAUUGUUAUAAAGCUAAAUGCAUUGCUCUUAUGCUUUCAUGUCACCUUGAUUUGAGAUCCUCUCGUUCUCAUUUAAAAUAUUACUCUCUCUGAAUCCAUAGCAAAGCAUAUCCAUCACCAUUUCUUCAUCUAAGUAUCCACCCCUUCAUUGAAAAACCGAAUAACCUCUAUCCAUAAUUAAAGAUAGUAUGAUUGCGUGACGAUGUAUGACAACCUGCAGAAUAUAUGGCAAUGAACAAGCCGGAUUAAGAUGAUUUUGGGCCUAGGGCCACACAAUUUUAAAAGCCCAUAAACAUAAUCAAAAUAUUAAUGUCUCACAAAUAAAUAUAUUUCAGAGAUCGUCAUAUAUUUGUAAUCGACGGUACCUAUUCCCAUUUCCUUACCAAGAUCAUCCUGCGAUAGACGAUAUUUCGUUAACAAAAAUAAUAAUUAUAAUAAUAUAUCCAUUAUCCAUAAUAUAUUAUAGGAAACGUACUACUCGCCAAAGCCAGGGGUCCACAAUAUUAUGAUAUGCAGGAGCGGGCCUAGGGCCAUACCCCCCUUAAUCCGGACCUGUCAAUGAAAGUGUUUACCAUCAACUGAUUACAUGGUUGCGAUUUCUGGUGGUUAACGAAUUCACAAAAAAAUUUAUUCGGUUAUGACCACGAUCAUGUCUUUGAUUCAUGUCUUAAUAAUGCAGCGAGAGACUCCGAUCAAAGAACAAAAAGUAAAUUUAAAAAGUGUUCGCUUAAAUCUUACGCUGAAAAACAAAACUUUGCAAUCAUAUUCACCGUAAGCACUUCCGUAGUCGUCUAUUAAGUAGUUAUGGGCGCAAUAGAAAUCUAUUAGAAUAGUUUUUAUUCGGUCACAGGAAAAAUUAUUCAAAUAAUUUUCAUUUCGGUAUUUUUCCACGAUAUUAAUAGUUCUACGAAAUACUAUACCUACAGUUGGCUAUACAAAAGACAAAUGGUUUGGUGACUGUAUAUAAGCCGAUACUCAACAGUUCCAAUAUACCUAAAUAUAUUAAUUUAACGUGUUAUUUGAAUACCUACCAAUGUUUUACACAAUCUACAUUGCACUUGACUUUGGAUGUUAGAAUUUUUUUAAAAAUAUAUUCCUACACAUUUAACCGAUUUUUUUUGUAAAACAUUUUACAAUUUAUUUUUUUAUUUAUACAACUUUUAAAUUAAGUGAAAUCACCUAUUUAAUAAAUAAACAAUUAAUAAUUUACUUUAUAGUAAUAUUUUGAGUUUUGUAAUAUAUUUACCCCACAUUACCAAACAUAAACGAUUCGGAGACGAACCAGUAACUGGUUAACAAAAGACAAAAUGUGUGCUGCAUUAAACGAUAUGAAAUAUGCAGUAUUAAUAAAAAAAAAUUAUGCAGAAUUGAGCGACGACCUUUUUCUAAAAGUGGGCCAAAAAAUCGUAUAUUUAGGUAAAUAGGGACAGCUGAGUGUUGGCUUAUAUACAAAAGUCACCAAACCAUGUAUCUUUUGUAGUUUGUAUAAUUAACUGCAGGUAGUAUUUUGUAUAAUUAUUUACUUAUCGACCAUAACACUAAUUUGAAUUGUAUUAUUUUAAACAAAAAUAUUUUUUUAAUAUCGGGGAAAAAUUAAAAAGUAAAAACUAUUCGAUAAUUCAUCCAAACUAUCGAAAACUAUCGAUGAUAUAUACCAUUCGAUAGUGCCUGUCACUACUUUCAUUUAUCGUCACGCAACCAUACUAUCUUUAAUAGUGCCCCUACCUGGCUACUUUUUCUUUCCCUCAACUGUUGUGGCAUUCGGUUGUGAUAAUAAAACUUCAUUGGUAGUAAGGCUGGUAGUUGUGGUAUCAGAUAUCGGAAUUGAGAUGGCCAGUAGUAUUCUCUAAAGUACCUCCCCAGUGAAAUUUCAUUUUAGAAAAAUUGCUAGUAGAAAUGUUGUCCACAGAAAAAAAAAGGACGUCCUAGGAUAAUGGGGACCGAGUGCAUCCACUGUUAUAGGUAAUUUAAUGUAUAUCAGUGAGCAACGAUAAAAAAUUGCUUACGAAAAAACGAUUCUGUGCGGAGUAAAUAUAUAUAUAUAUGCCAUGUUAUAGUAAACAAAUUAAAUAUGUAUUGUAUAUUUACUUUAAUAAUAUUUGUUUAACGUUGUACCGAUUUACUUAGUUUUCCUACGUUUUUCACAUUUGCUGAGAAAACUCCGGGUAAAAUAGAAAAACGACUUCUAUCAGGUACCUCCCCACACCGAUUUUCUUUCAGAAAAGGUGCUAAAAAAAUAACAAUAUAAAUAAACAUCUUUGUAAAACCACACGCUUCUUAGUUCCACUCAGAAUAUAAAAUGUAUCAACUAAUUUAUAAGGCAUCUGUUUUAAUAUUUUUAACUGUUUAAUACAGAAGAUCUUUUUUUUUUUUUAAGUAUAACCAACAACUUUAAGGGGUCUGUUUAGCAUAAUAUUUCACCCAGAGGGAGGUCUGAAAAUAGUUAUACAAUACAUCUUGUUAAAAUGUCAUUUUGCAUAUUAUUAUGUGAGUAAAUAUAAAUUGUAUUAGUUAAUUAAAAACAUUUUCUUCAAAAUUCAUUGGUAGGUAAAUAAAUAUUUUGAAAAAUUAACAAAUAAUGUUGAUAGAUUGUUUAAAAAAAUGUACUAUCUGUUCAAUAGGUUUGAAUUAUAUAAAACAUAUUUUGAUGUAUCAGAAAGUGUGAGAAAAGAUAAUAUGGGAUACUUUUAAUUACCUAUUGAUAUGUUAUAAUAUUGUGUAAAAUUAUAGGUUAUACCUAUUCAUUUAUACUACUAAAUAUAUUAUUUUAUUUGCAAUACGGUAUAGUUUUAUAGUGAACUAAUAAUACAGUUAAAAAAAACAAAAAACCAUUUAAAUUAUAACUGCCUAGCCCACUCAAAAUAUUCUCACUAGUAAUUUUUUAAUGCCAUUUGUAAGAUAACAGAACAAAUUAUAUUUAAUACAUAGGUACCUACUUAAUCAAAAUGUAUAUUUAUUCUGAUUUUUAUAUUACCAAGAAGUACACAUUUUUGGUAAAAUGACUACACAGCUGUGUAAAUUUAGUGUUAAAUUAUCAUGAUAAUUUUACACUAACCUUCUUCAUGAUGACAAUUUUCCUCUUGGAAAAUAUAGCAUGCCGGCGUUUGUUCGACGAGUAACCCAUGCCGAAUUUAUUGACGCGGCCGCCACCACCAGACGCACUGUCCAUGGCUUUUCACCUCAUACACUUGACCGCCAAUAAUCGGUCAUUGGCGCACACGCGCGAAACGGUCAGUCAGCCGACAUAAUAACGACGACGACGAACAACUAAAAUAAUAAUUUGAUUAAUUAGAUUUUACGCGGACAAUUUCGAACGGAAAAACAACUAAAAAAACAUAUUUACGUACAAUAAUAAAAAAUAUUACUAUCGAAGAAUAGCUGAUAACAUAAUAUAUUGAUAAUAAUGGUAAGGGAUAAAUUUCCGAAAUGAUAAGGAUAAACGAUAACGGUGUCCGGAAGGCACGAUUUAUGAUAAUAUACGAGUUGCAUAUCGAACUCUCAUAUGACCUGGGAACUAUUUAUCUGAAUCAGCUGGUAUCCUAGUACUGUUAGCACACCGUGAGGACAAAUUUAAAGUUUCUAUUACCUACAGUAUAUUCUAGAGAGCCUAGAUAAUAAUCUUAUUCAUCCUAAUUAUUAUCUAGGCUUCCUAAUAUAUUCGCGAUUGAAAGAAACUAUAGGUAGCCCUAGUCGACACUAAUAUGAUAAGGCUAAAGGUGAGUCUUCAACUUACCGUGUAGUUUCGUUUCAUGUGAAAUACUCUUUUCUGAUUGGUUUUAUUAUCAUGGUAGACACAUUUUGAUCAUGUUUACCGUGUGAACCGCGAAUACCGCAGAGUUGAUGAAAUUCAAUUUUUAGACGUUAGUAGUGGUAACGUAAAUGUCGUGUUUUAAUAAUACAUUUAAUUAGUAUUAAAAUUUUCUUUUUUUAAUAAUUUAAUUUAAAAUUAAAUGUGAUUUGAUAUUCAAUUUUAAUACUAGUUUAAAUUCAAUAUGAACUUUGUGAAGGUAAAUAAUAUCUAAUGUUAUGUAAACGUAAAAUGUAUAAUUUUUUAGGAACAGAUAUGCACUUUAUGCAAACAUUUUGUUGUAUUCAAAUCACAAACUAGUACUAGUAAAUACAAUAACAAGUAGGUAUUUUAAAAUCAAUAUCUAUUAGUAGAACGUAACUAUUAAAAAUAGCAAUAUUAUCUUACUAACUAAAGUUAAGUAAAAUAAUUUUGACGGUUUUAUUAUUUUUAUUAGUUAAUCGUAUAAAACAAAUAAACAAUAUUAAUAAAGUGGAUACUGUUUAGGUAAUAAUUUAAUGACAUCGCCUUUUUUGACAGAAAAUAGUAUGAAUAAAACUUAAAGACAGUGUAGAGACUGUGAAAUAUUGAUGGUAAAAUAAUAAUAAAUAUUCAUAAUUAAUAUAAUAUAAUAAUUAUAUUAUAUUUUAAGAAAAAUGUGCGAUAAUAAUUACCGCGCAUUUUUGGUGUAUGGUAAAUUAAUAGUGAUAAUGUUGGUUGUUGGUAAAACGACACAUACAAAUUAUUCCGUGCAAUUAAAAAAGAACGUGUCGUGUUUAAAAUACACGAAAUGAAACGACACGGUGAAUUGAACACUCCCCUUAACAGGAAGGGUGAGUCUUCUAUUUAAUGCUAUUUUAGCAUUAAAUAGAAUAAUAGUAAUUUAUCCAAAAUAAUCCAUUUAUUACUGGUUGUUUAAAAUUUCCUUAUUAAAACUUAUUUUGUUUACAAUUUGUAGUAAUAAAAAUACAUAAUGUUUAAUUUUGUAAUAAUAAUCACCUACAUAAUUCAGUAUAUUGGUAAUUUUAAAAGACCUUUUUUCGAAGGUUCAGAAAUAAUUAAAUGCAAUCAUAUUAUUAAUAUAGUUUUAAGAAAAAAAAAAGACUUACUAAGAUAAUAAUAAUGGGUGCAGCCACUGUUAUAGAUAGUUUAAUGUAUAUCUGUAUACCUGUAACGAUAAACCAUUGCUUACGAAAAAACGAUUCUGUGCGGAGUUCAGUUGAUAGUAAUGCUUUGUCAACUAUAUAUAUGCCAUAUUAUAGUAAAAUAAUUAAAUAGCCUCUAAAUAUUUUCUUUAAUAAUAUUUGUUUAAUGUUGUACCGAUUUUCUCGGUUUUUCUACGUUUUUCCGGUUUUCCUAUGUUUUUUCUCAAUUUUUCAAAUGUAUUAGGAAAACUUUUAAGAAAAUCGAAAAGUGACCUCUUUAAUGUACCUCUCCAGGUCAAAUUUCUUUUUAGAAAAAGUUCUAUCGUAAAUCAGAGCAAAAUUGUUAGUAGAAAAGUUGUGCUCAGAAAAAAAAAUCGUAAUAUUUUAGUAAUAUAUUUCGUAUAUUUUCCGUUUUUUUUCAGUUUUUCAAAUUUGAUGAGAAAACUCUUGAAACAAUCGAAAAAUGACCUCUUUAAAGUACUUUUCCACACCGACUUUCUUUCAUAAAAGGUGUUACAUGAAAAAUCAGAGCAAUAUUUUGGUAGGAAAAUUGCGGGGACAGAUAAAAAAUAAUAAUAAUACAAAUAAACAUCUUUGUAAAACCAUUAGCUUUUUCGCUCCACUAGAAUCUAAAAUGAUAUAUUUAUUAAGAUAUUAAGGCUAUGUUUGUAAACCUCACGAAGUAGGUAGGUACAUUUUAAACACUAUAGGACCUAUUGUUCACGUAUUCAUACAGAUCCUGCGAUUUUGAGUUUAUUAAUUCGUUCGUAAUUAUAAUGUAGGUAGUAUUUUUGUACGAAAUACUAUAGUUUGCCUUAGAUAACGAGGGGAUAGAGUUUUAAGCUCAAUAGUCCCUUAAAAAUAAAAUCACUGUCAGAAAGAAUCAGUCACAGUUGCAUUUGCAGUCUUUGUCAUUCGAAUAUAUAACAAAAAAAUUAAAUAAUAGUGCAUACAUAAAACAAUCAAAAAUGGCUUUAAAAUUUUAUUUAGAGAUAUACAACAUUUUAUUGAAAUCUUCGUCGGCGUUUAGUAAUAAUUCACUAAUAAUCAACUCAUAAUCGAAGGUACGUAGUAUAUAAUGUUACUAUGGUGUGAUUUUUUUUUAAAUUCAAAGUAAAGAGAAAAUGUAUUGAUUUUACUAUGCGUGUUUUUUUAUUUUUACUUUUUCUAUCUGGGAACAAUUUUUUUACCAUAGAUGUUACGCCAAUCUCAAAAUCACAAGAAACCUUUUUAUCAAAUUUUAGAUCUACUUGAUACAUUAUGGAGGUUAUUUUUCUGAUUUUCCAAGCGGUUUUCAUAACAAUUCUGAAAACCUGGGGAAAAAUAUAGGAAAACCGGACAAGUUUAGUAAUUACGAUUAGUUUCAGGAUUAGCUAAUAAACCAUAUCGUUUCAAUCAUUGACACGACACGGCAGCACUCAGUGGCAAAUCUAGGGGUAGGCAAAUGAUCCUAUUGCCUCCCCCAAACACCGUAACGUAGUAUACUAUAAUUUCUUGUAUUAUGGUAUAUGUAUACGGUAUACCAAUUAACAUUAUUGUAAAUGAUUUUACCCACCCUUCCUUAAAAUUAAGGUUUGGAUUCACCACUAUACUUUUUCCAAAAUAAGAAUAGUAGUCGGCUGCGAGCAGCAGCAAUACCCUGACUAGUAAACUAUUCAACUCUAAGUCCCCAUGUUUUCUGCCUUUGUAUUGUAAUCAAUUUAUUGUAUGUUCUCUAGAUAUGUGGUAAAUGAUGAAACUACAAGGAGACAUGGAACCGACCGAAGACGAGCUUGACCAAAGCGUGUUCGAAAACAAAAACGGCCUAGCCGACGAUAUGGCGUUUUUGGCUAGUAUGCCUGAAUUAUGUGAUGUGACCUUUUUAGUUGGUGAUACAAGAGAACCUGUUUGCGCUGUAAAAGCAGUAUUAGCAGCGAGAAGUCGGUAAAAUAUAUUUUAUAAAUACCUACUUUCAUUGAUCAAAUGUGGUUUAAACAAUGGUCAAGUCAGCCUCCUAAUUUGACUACCUACAGGUAUAAGAACAUUUCUCCUACUAUACCAUCAUCUAAACCUUGUAGGUUCAUAAUUUAUAUCUUAGUAGGAAAACUAUUUGUUUUCUACUUUCUCUCGCUUUAGACAAGAUCAUACCUAGGUCCCAGAAGACUAUGUUCCAUCCCAUUCUUACAAGCUUUCUCUUAAUGACUCCUCUUUGUACUCUCCACGCUACCAAAUAAAUCUGAGAUAUUUCCCAUAUUUUAGAUUCUGAAUGUAGCGCGAACAAUGUAUUGGUUUUACAAAUAUGUUUUUUUUCCUGUGUACAAAACUUCUACCAGAAAUCUUUCUCCGAUAUGUACGCGCGGUACCAUUUCUGAAAGAUAAUAUUGUCCAGAUUGUACUUAAGGAGUGUCCUAUUUGAUUUUUCAAGCGGUUUUCAUAAUAUCUGAGAAAACCGGGAUAAAAUGUCGGAAAACCGGAAAAUGUACGAAAUGUAGGUACCUAUUGGUUGAAAAAUAUUUCGACCUUUUUUUCCUGUGAACAACUUUUCUACCAGCAAUUUUACUCCGAUUUACAAUAACAGCACUUAUUCUGAAAGUAAACUUAACUGAUAAAGUACUUUAGCGAGGUACUUAAUUAAGAACUAACGUAUAAUUUUUUCCUCUGGCCUUAUCAUAUUAAUUAUUGGCUUGUAUUAUAAACAAAAACAUUCAAAAGUCCACGACGAAAUAAAUUUCAUAUUAUAAAUACAUCCAUGAAGGUGUACCCUGAAAUCUGAACAUACAUACAUAGCUACAAGUAUAUAAAUUUAUAUUUUUUCAGAGUGUUCCAUAAAAUGUUAUAUCAACCACCGAGUCCUCAAAGAAAAAAGGAAGUUGUACCUAAAGAAACUACAAAACUCAGACGUCCUACGUUUUUGAAGCGUAGCAGUGAACCACUUCUCAAUGUAAAAAAUGCCAAUACACAAGUAAGAUAAAAAAAAAAUAUCUAAUACUUAUACGAAUUUGUUUAUUUUACAACAUGUUUCUACUAUAGGCCAUCAAUUAAUUAAUACAAAAUAAUACAACAAAUAACGUUACAUGAGUAUCGAGUGAUGAUGGCUUAUGGCCGAAACGUGUAAAAUUAAAAAAAUAUAUAAUAUAAAUAUAUUUAUAUACCUAGUAAUACUCGUGGGUUAUACACUUUAUUUUAUUUUAAAUAAGUUGGUAAUAUUGUUAGGUAUAUCAUUUCUUUUAAACUUUGAUUGUUUAUCAUUUGUACCACACAUUCAAAAAAUAAUAAAUCAUUAUUAUUACCCUAAACGUCAAGGAACAAAUUAUAUAACUUUACGUUUUAGGUACCUAAUAUUUGCAUCUCAUUUAAUAGACUCAAUCCAAUCAACAUCAGACAGUCGUAGUAGAUGAAUUCGAACCAGAUGUGUUUCGUCAGCUCAUUGAAUAUAUACACACCGGCUGUGUAACUUUGCAACCCAGAACUUUGUUGGGUGAGUCAAGUAAACAUUGUAUACCUGUAAUACUCAUAUAUAAUGUAUUAUAUAAUCAAAUUAUUAUAAUAUAUGUAAAAUAUAACCUAUAUAGGUAUUCAUUUUUUAUUUCGGUCACAUAUAAUAUAGGAGUACUAAAUGCAGCGGAUUAUUAUGGUCUAGAAGAUUUGCGAAAAGCGUGCACAGGAUUUGUACAGUGUUGUAUAAACGUAGACACGGUUUGUGCACUUUUAUCAUCAGCAGAACGAUACAUACAGUAUAAAUGCACUAAAAGUCUCGUACAGAAGGUAUACAUUUUUUAAUUAUAACUUGUAUCUAGCGUAUUUUUCCUAUUUAUAUAAUAUUCAAUUUAAUGUCGAUAAUAGGUCUUGGAAUUUGUUGAUGAACACGGAAACGAGGUGUUAAACUUGGGAUCUUUUGCUCUAUUACCACUGCACGUAGUCCGGUUGAUAUUAAGUAGAGAUGAACUAAAAGCAGACGAAUUCACUAAAUUUCAAGUACCUACCCAUGUUUAAUCAGAUAAUAGCUAAGUAUUGAUUAGUUCUACUUUUCUCAACCAUUGUUAAGCUAAAUCCCUUAACCCUAACCUACUCAAUUAUUGUAAUGUAUUUAUUAGGUUGGUUCUUAUUUUAUUACUUUACAAAUUAACUAUGAUGACUCCUCCAGUUUUGUUGUAUAUCCUAAAAUAAAAGCUAUAUGGCAAAUUAUGAGUCUAUAAUAAUUUAACCUCCUCCCGUGUUCCUAGGGGGAUUGGUUUUAUUAUGAGUGGCAAAUUCUCGUUUUUCUUUUUAGAUUCAAAGCAUAGCGAGGAAUUUAAUAGUUUUACUAUGAUAUGUGUGUGUAUUCAAUAUUUGUUUUUUCUGUCUGUGAACAACUGUUUUACCAGAAAACUUGUUCUAAAGUAUAGAUUGUUGCACCUUUUCUGAAAGGUAUUUUUUUCUAGUUGGUGCAAUGAGGAAGUCAUUUUUCGAUUUUUCUAUAGGUUUUUGAAAUAAUCGGAAAAUACAUAAAAUAAAAGUAUAGGUAAAACGGCAAAUAUUUACGACGCACCACGGUAUUAACGUUUUCAUUGUUUUUUAUUAUGUUAACUCGAUGUUUUCUACUAGAAAUAUUACUCCAAUCCAAAAACUGACAGAGAUAGUCGUUUUUUGAAAUCUGAAGUAGUUUUCAAAAUAGUUAAGACAAAAUAUACGAUUUUUUUCAAAGUUCGGCACAACGAUUUCAUUAUUUUAAACUUUUAUGGAUUAUGUGUUCUGUCAUAAAUAUUGCUCCAAAUAAAAAACAUCAAAUAAUCUUUUUUAUUGAAUUUUUUAAACUAGUUGAUGACCAAGGAAGUCGUUUUUGAUUUUCUUUGUGGUUUUUUUUCAUAACUAAUCAAAACCGAAAAAAAUACAGAAAUAACAAAAAAAAAUGUACAAAAACAAUUAUUUUGUUAUUUUCGAUUUUGUUUUUUUUAUACAAAAAAAUAAAAUUUUCUUUUUCUAGACGUAGUAAAAUUUUAAAAAUAUUUGAUCUAUUUUUGAGCUAAUUAUAGACAUUUUAAUUUUACGAGUUUUGUACGUAAUUUGUGUUCUAUAGUUACUGUAAAAAAAAUUUAACAGGAGGUUCCUUAAAUUUCAUACUUUGUGGAUAAAAAAAUUUGAGCUUUAGGUAUAGUAUAAAUAUAUAUUUUUGUAAAAGAAUUUUUAUAACAAAUUUCGACGAAAAUCGUAAAUAUUACGGCCAUUCAAAACAUAUAUAACUGAACUUCGCUCCGAAUCGUUUUUCGUUAUCAAUGGUUUAUCAUUGGUUACAGGUAUAUAUUAAAUAACUUUUUGAAUCCCACCUUCCCAACUACUCACCUACAACGGUGGCCGCACCCGUCCCCAGAAUCACAAGGGUGUCAACAGGGGGGAAUACCCCUUGUUUUUUUUUGGAUAGUUAUGGUAUAUUUUUAUAAUUAUUGUAAAAGCUUUUUUUUUUUCACUGAUAGAAAUCAUUGUUUACUAAAUUUCGCGUUUGUUGUGUCCGAAAACAUUAAUGAAUAGAAGAGUCUCGAGGAAUAUGUCUGUACAAAAUUUAAUAGGUAAUCUAGAGUUUAUAUCACAUGAUCUACUUUGUGGUCUAUAUAGUAUUUUCUAUGGUAUCAUAUUCACAUAAUUGCAUGUCGGUUUGUCUUAGUUCGAGCGCGCGAAGUAGUACUGUUAAAUGUUGCCUAUACAUAUAUGUAUAAAUGUAUAUAUUAUAUACACUCUGCGCCCCCCACCCCCCGAAGAAAAUUUCUGCGAGCGUCCUUGCAUAUUGACUCUUAUAUUUCAAUUACACAAAUAUUGUUAUCAUUAUUAUAGUAAUUUAAAAAAAAAAAAAAUGGUAUUUUAAUAAAAUUCAAUCGAUUAUCCAAUCAUUUAGAGUAGAAACAAUUUAUCAUAUUUUCAUAGUUUUGAUUUAAUAAAUAACAGAAAUUCUAAAGAGCUGAUACUGGGUACGAGUGCAGCCAUUGUUUAAGUUGGAAAGUUGGGAAGGUAGAAUACAUAAUGUUAUUUAUUUUAUAUCUGUUCGUAACGUUAACCAUUACUAACGAAAAAUGAUUCAGAGUGAAGUUCGGUAAGACACAUUUUGAAAUUUGAAAUACAGUAAUUUUUACGACUUUCGUCAAAAUUUGAUUACAAAUUGAUUAAUAAAAUACUAAUGUUUUAAACACAAACUUGUUUGUUUGAUCACUAAAUACAACUUAUAAUGUACCUUAUAUUAAAUGUUCAAAAGGUCUACAAAAGGCCAAUAAAAAUAUUCUGUGAAAUUUACAGAUCUCUACAAUAAUUUUUAACUGAAUAACAACAAAAAACACAUGCUAUACACUUUCCUACGUUUUUUCCCGGUUUUUCCUAAUUAUUUGAAAAACUAUAUUUUUCGAAAAAUGAUUUCCUUAUCGGUGGAUAUACAUAUUUUAAAAUAAAUUUAACUCUAAAAAAAGACUCUCAUCAUUUUUCGAUUGAAGCAAUAUUUCUGGUUGAAAACAGUUGCAAAAAUUAAAAACAGAAAUCCGUAACGCCGUGGCUCGCCGUAAUACUCGCAGUUUUACCUAUAAUUUUCUUUCUGGUUUUUCUCAAUUAUUUUGAAAACCCCCUAAAAAAUCAAAAAAUGACCUUCCCAAUACAACUAAAUAAAAUUAUCUUUCAGAAAAGCUGUUACACUUGAUAUUUUGUAGCAUGAUUUCUAGUGGAAAAGUUUAUCACACACACAAAAAAAUAAAAAAUAUACCUACAUAAUCGUAAAGCCAAUAAAUCCUUCCUUGCGCUCCAAAUUUAAAAAUUAUUAGUCUCUUUCAUAUUUCUAAAGAAUUUUUAAAAAUCUGUGUAAUGAAAAAGUAACAAGUUUGGAAAAGGAAUAUUUGAAUCAAGUACCUAAUGAAUAAUAUAGCUAAUCAAAAAGAGACAUCAAACUAUGCAAGAAUUGUAUGACAAAUUUACACAAAGUAAAAAAUAUAAAAUAAUUUGUCUUGCAUGUAUUUAACAAUUUUUAUCUUAAAUUUGUUUGAAAACUAUACAAAUUUAAAAUACUAUUAACUUCAUUAAUAUUGAAUUUAAGGCUGCACUCAUGUGGACAAUGAAAUAUGGUGAUACAAAUUCAAAUGUCGACUGGAAAGAAGUAUUCAUAGAAAAUUUCAUGUCAUCCAUUCAAUACCACAAAAUACCAGCUAACGUACUUAUGAACGAAGUGGAACCUUUAAAAAUAGUUCCGUACGAGGUGAUCAUGACGUCAUUAGCUUAUCAGGUGCGCAAAAAUUUUAGUUAGAUAAAAUAUAUAAUUGUAAUUAAUGGGCAAUACUCGUACAAACAAUAACUAUGUUUAUGUUUGUAAAUGAGUGCUCAUGAUGUUAUUGUUCUAGGCAGACCCCUCCUGUGUCGAUCCCGACAAAUUGAAGAGGGCCUUGAGAAUGGGCAAUUAUCAUGGGCUGAUGGGCAUCAGUAGUACAAUUGGCACUGUAACCACUGAAAGAACUAUGUCGAUGCAGAGUUCGGGCACACACCAUGGUUCCAAUUCGACUAUUAGUUCUAUUGGAUCUAGCGAUCUAGUUGGUUCCGACAAAACUUGAUCCGAGAGAACUCCAAGUUCAUAGGCGUGCGCAUUAGCCUCAAUAAUUAUUUUAUUUUAACAACUACUUCCAAUUGCCUAUUAAUUGGGUUUUACAUUUAGUUAAUAAUUAUAACAUUCUUUUGACAUUAAACAAUCAGAUUUAUUAUUUUUAAUAUCAAAAGACUGUGAGAGUUAUUUAAAUUAAUUUUACUUGAAAACAGCGAUAUCAAAAUUAUUAUAUCAAUCACUAUCAAAUUAUUAUUACUAUUAAUUUAAAAACAAAACUAUAUUAUUAUAAGGACCAAUGAUAAUCUAAAGUUACCUUUAACAAUGUGAGUACAUUAUAAUUUUUAAUUUUAAAAUACUAUCUGCGCACGCCUAUGCUCAAAAUUAAAAAUGAUUACCUAGUAUAAUAUUUGUUUAAAUAAUACAGUGGACAUUUUAACAAAUAUUAUUAAACUCGAGAUCCGUGAAAAAUUUGAUUUAAAAAUGACACUUGUCUAGUGUCUACUAAUCCAAGUUCAAAUAAUGGGUGAUACUGUGAACAAUAAAAUUCAAAUUAUCAGUUUUUAACAUAGAUAUAUGACAUCAUUUUUAUGCUGGAUAUCUCUUAAUUAUUAUAAUAUUAUAUAAAUUCAAUUCAAUUUUGUUAAUUUCUCAAAUUUUUAAUCAAAUCACUAUAUAAUUUACAUAAUGUUUGUGCACAGUUUGAUAAUUUACUAUGAAACAAAUAACAAUACAUUUUAUUAUAUGAAAUUUAAAAUAUUUGUGUGAACAAUUAUUUAAAUAUUUAUUUUGUUGGUAGAAAAUUCAAAUGAAUAGUUUGCUAAAAUUCUAACAAAUUUAACUACUAAAUGCUGUUGAUAUACAUAGGUACAUUUUCAAAUUAUGCUUCUGGAUAGAAUGUAAAUAAUUGUUUUAUUAACUGACUUUUAAUAAUGUAUCAUUCUUAUUUCUAAAAUAUUAAAUUCCUUAAAUUCAUAUAAUUAUAGUUGAGAUGCCUAACUUUUGGUUUUUUUUGUUUUUUGUACAUUUUAAAUUAUCAAAUUAAUAAUAUGCCUACCUGCUACAUAAUAACAACAUACUAUAUAAUAAUAUAUUAAAUAAAUACAUAUAUUCUAAAUAUUAUUGAAAAACAGUGCCUUUGUCUGCCUAUUACAUUAAAUAUACUAUACAAUUUAAAAUUAUGAAUUUAAAAACCAUACCUAUAGUUUUACUUAUUUUAAUAAUAAUUAUUUGUUUAAUUAUGUAAAUUAUUUUAUCAAUAAAUCUCAUAUACCUAAAAUAUUUAAUAUGCAUUAGUAUACAGAUAUCCAACUAUUCAUUAUGCAUUCAAUAGUAAUUAUUCAUGCUCAAUAUAUUAGGCUGAAUAAAGUAAUUUACAUAAUUAAAACUUCAGGUUAUUUAAUUAAUAUUAAAAAAUGUAAAACUAAAAAGUAUAUAGACAUAUUUUAUAUUAAAAAAUUGUAUAGUUACACCUAUAGGUUAGGUAAACUGUUCAAAUAUUUUUUCAAAGGAUAAUAUAAUCAUACACAUUUAUAAUUAAAAGAAAUUUAAUUAUUGCUUUGUUUAGUUCUGCAUUCAUAAAAUAAGCAAAAUGCUUAUUUUAAAUAUACUAUAAAUUUAAUCUCUACAAUUUUAUAUUUGAUACAUAUAUCUGAAAAUUCGAUUAACAUAUAACUUUAAUAAUAACCUAAACAUAAUAAAUCCAAACAUAAACAUUGUUUUUGUCAUAAUCAACAUACUUAUUAAAUUUUAACUAUUUCAACUGUAUAUUUAAUUAUUAACCACCUAUCUAAUUAUUUAAUUUCAAAUAUAAAUUAUCUAUACACAGUACCUGUAGUACAAAUUAAAAUUCAUAUUAAAAAUAAACCCUCAUAUUAUUAGAUUUAGAUUGUGUGUCGCCCAUAAUUAAUUAUAAAAUUAUUAUAAGAUUUAUAUUUCUACAUUUGUGCCAAAUUGUAUUUAUAUAAGUAAAUUUAAACUAUUUAAAAUUGUAAUCUAUAUAUAAUACUACUAUCUAACCUAUUAAAAUUAUUUAUAUAUUUAUUAUUUAUAUUACUAUUUUUGAAUAACUAUUUUGUUUAGCACUUAAUGACUAUUAAUUAAAUUAUUAAAUUAUAAAUGUUAUACCUAUCUUAAUUGUUUUACUAUUUUCUAUAGAAAUUUUAAUCUUGACUAUCAUUUUGAAUUAUAAUCAUAAAAUAAAAUAUAGGUAUUUACCUAUACUAUCUUUUAUAGUAAAUGCAUAUAAUAUGCUAAUCAUAC